AUGCACGAGGAGGACGAUAAAAAGGGCGAUGUUGAGGAAGACGUCUCUCCCGCGAAGGACGACCUGCCGGAAUCCCCGCAGUUGAAAGACGUGGAGGAGAACGGCAAGGAUGGUCCUGCUUCUAGUGGGAGCCCAACAAAACGCAAGCUUAGUGAGGCCUUUGGACUACCGAGCAGGAGCGGUCCGAGGCGCAUCCGCCGCGAGGUCGAAGAGGUGGUGGACGAUGACAACGGCUAUCUGAUUACAAGAGUGGUCACGAAAGUAUUUGACGAGGAGGGUAACGAGUUGCCUGAUGACACCCCGGUCGCGGAAGAGCCGGAAAAGCCUCGGUCUCCAUUGAACACUGCGCUGGGUAAGCCGUUGAAGCCACGCAAUUCACAGAAUAGCAAGACUGGGAAGGGGAAGCUUGGCAGUCAGCGAAAAGACCGGAAAAGACCUUCGUCAAAGACGCGCACGCCAAGUACAAUGAAGAAGACUCCCAAAAAGAAGAUCAAAGGCAAUAUCAUGUCUUAUUUUGGGAAGAAGGGUUGA